CGUAUUGCUAAAUAAUAAAAGGCGUGGCAUAGUUGGCUGAAGUAGGAUUGAACGUAUUUUAUACAGGUUUAGUUGUGCUCUACUGUCUUUAAGCUAAGGCGGGUGUAUGUCGAACUAUUUAUGACCGUUCUAAACACCCCAAGUCAGAGACGUGUUUUAACAAACCAUUAAGAACAGUUAUUUAAGCAGCCUACGUGCAUGUCAUAAGGUUGUUGACAUUUUUUAGGGCCAUAAAACCUGCCUUAUCAUGUCUGAAGUGGACGGUGUUGUGUUAGAUUCAAGCCUAACGGAAACAAGCCCGGAUUUCAACACAAAAAAGGGAAACAUGGAGAUGACAUACUUAAUCGACGAGAAAGGGUCAGUGACUAUUGACGAUGAUAAGGUUAACGAUGGAGAGGGAUUAAGGCGGUCUGAAAGUUCUGGAAUUAUUAAUUUAACUCUUCAUCAAUGUGCUAGAGAUGGCGACGAAAAAAAUCUAAACAUACUUAUACGGCACAUGCAACAUCAUUUAAAACGGAAGAUUAAUCAACAUGACGAUGAUGAGUUAAGCCCUCUUCAUUACGCAGCACGAUAUAAUCAUUUGAGUGUUGUUAAAUUACUGGUAGAAAACGGUGCCGAUCCAAAUAAUAGAGGGGAAGAUGGCAUCACACCUCUCCAUUACGCGGCCAGGUAUCGACGUGAACGGAAAAAAAGGCGAGAAACUUCGGAAGAAGAGGAACAAAGUGAUGAAAAUUUAGAAGAAACUGUUGAAUCAGUGGUUACAUAUCUGAUUACAAAAGGUGCUAGUAUCAAUGCCACUGAUAUUUAUGGUCAGACAGCUCUAAGUUUUGCUGCUAUGCGUGGUAAUGAACAAGCUGCUCAAGAUCUGCUCAGCUUUAGAAAAAGCAAUAAUCGCUAUAUUCGUGAAGAAAUAAAUAUUGAAGCUGAAGAUCUCCAGGGAAUAACAGCUUUACAUUUGGUAGCGAUUCAUAACCAGGUAGAAAUUGCUCGUAUGUUGAUUGAAAGUGGAGCCAAUCUACGGUGCUGUGAUAAAGAACAAAGCACUCCCCUCCAUCAUGCUUGUUCUGAAGGAAAUAUUGAGAUCGUUAAAAUGUUGUUUGAAGCAGGAGCUAGAACACCAGAAGGCUGGGUAAUGAUAUCCAAUAUGGUGACUGAUACAGACAUUGAACAGAGCACAUGUUUACAUUUGGCCGUUGAUAAUGGACAUUACGAUGUUUCUAGGUUAUGUUUGGAGAAAAGGGCAGAUGUUAAUGUACCAAGAAAACAUUAUAUGCACCCACUUCACUUGGCAGCAGUUUCCGGUGACAUCAGAAUUGUUCGAUUGUUGGUGGACAACAACGCGCGGAUCGACGUCCUCAACGACGAACAAGCCACACCUCUGCAUAAAGCUGCUCAAUUUAACCAUUGUGAAGUAGUCAAGUUUCUGGUAGACAGGAAAGCUAAAAUUAAUUGUCGAGAUAAAGAUAACUACACUCCACUGCUUUUAGCUGCUACAUAUGGUAGAACCGAAUGUGUUGAGUUACUGCUAGAGAAAAAUGCUGAUUAUACAGUUGUAGAUAAAGAUGAUAAAACAGCCAUUUAUUUAGCUGCUGAGGAAAACCGCCUUCAGACUCUGCGGACACUGCUGUCAGAUUCACGUGUGAAGGAAUUGAUUAAUGCAAGUGAUAAAUACAGCAAUGAUCCUCUCCAUGUUGCUGCUAGGGAGGGUUUUUUAGACAUUGUUAAGUGUCUUUUGGAAAAUGGAGCGGAUUUGGAUUCAAAGAACGAAGAAGAACAAACACCUGUUCAUUUGGCUGCAAGAUAUGGUCGAACCAUUAUUGUCAAGGAACUAGUUAAACAUGACAAAUCAGUAGUCUAUGAUGAAGAUGAAGAUUCAAACACUGCUCUACAUCUUGCAGCAAUGUAUGGACAUGAUAAGGUGGUGGAAAUAUUGAUAGAAUUUGGAAGCGAUGUUGCAGCAAGAAACUACAAUCAGUGGACACCAUUAGAUCUGGCAGCCUCAAAAGGUUGGUCAAAAACCAGUAAAAUCUUACUGGAGCAAGAUGCACCUAUUGAUCCCAUGGAUAAAUCAAACACCACACCACUACAUCUUGCAUCACGAGCAGGUCAUGCACCUGUUGUUGAACUUUUAUUAGAGUGGGAUGCCAAUGUCGCGCAACGUGACGCCGAAGGGAAUAAUAGUCUGGAUUUAGCCAUUGAACACCACAACAUGGACGUUGCCUUCACAAUAAUUGCAUCCCCUGUGUGGGAAGACGCUCUGCGGAAUGCAACUUUAGACAUUACUACAGGGAUACUAGACACCCCAAUGAGACGACUUAUUAGAAAAAUGCCAGACGUUGCUGAAAAGGUAUUUGACAAGUGUUUGAGUUAUGGUGCUGAAAAGAACCCCGAAAGACCAAACUAUGAAAUUACAUUCAACUAUGAAUUUCUAGAUGAUGCAUAUGCACCGUGGAUGGACAUCAAGCCAGAUUCAAGUGAAUAUGGAUCAGCAUCAGACAGCGUGUUUGAGGAUGAAAAUAAAGUUAGUGAUACUGCAAGAGCUUAUACUUCAGAUUCUAAUUUAUUGAAGAAGAAUCAUCCUAUUAUGGUUAUGGUGUCAUCAAACCGAGAAGAUUUGUUGGGACAUCCUUUAGUGACCUCUCUUUUGAAUCAUAAAUGGAAGUCAUUUGGAAGAUUCAUUUACUAUCUCCUGCUCUUCAUUUUUGCGAUCUUUCUUGUUUUUCUAACUGGCUAUAUUACGACAACUGUGGCACCGUACCAAUACAAUAAAACUGAUGCUGAUCUUAUUAUUAGCAACAACUGUACCAAUUUAACAGUAAAGAUAGAGAAACAUAUUUUUGCUAAAAUAGGAAAAUGGGUAAUUUUGGGACUUGCUGCGUUUAACCUGCUUAAAGAGUUACUUCAGAUAUUUCAAGCAAAGUUGAGCUAUCUUGGUUGGACUAAUCUUAUUGAAUGGGUAACUUACGUGACUGCUUUACUACUGGUUAUAGAUUUUAAUGAAUGCCAGGAUAUAACGGGUUAUAGGUAUGACUGGCAAUGGUCUCUUGGAGCUGUGUCUAUUUUUUUGGCUUGGAUGGAUCUAGUAUCAUUUAUUCAGAAAUUCCCAAGAUUUGGAAUUUAUGUGGUCAUGUUGACAGAUGUAUUAAAAACAUUUGCUCAGUUUUUUUUAGUGUUCUUCCUGUUCAUAGUUGCAUUUGCUCUCGCCUUUUUCACCCUGUUUCAAAAUCAAAUUGCCUUCAGAUCUGUAGGUAAUUCACUGAUAAAAACAUCAGUAAUGAUGAUUGGAGAAUUUGAAUUUGAUGCAAUUUUCAACGAAGAAGUCGCAAAUCCUAUGGCAGAUAACCGGGUCAACAUGCCAGAGGUGUCAUACCUUUUGUUUGUAGUCUUCAUGAUAUUGAUGUCAAUCCUUAUCAUGAACUUGUUGGUUGGUUUAGCUGUUGAUGAUAUUAAAGCUGUCCAGGAGCAAGCUAUCCUCAAGAGAAUGGCCAUGCAGGUUGAACUGGCGCUGGAUGUGGAGAGGAUUCUACCUGAUGUCUUGAAGAAAAAGUUUUACAUUAAAAGAAAUACCAUUAAACCAAACAUGCUUUUUAACAACACAGUCGCCAAGAUCUUUAAGGUGGAAUCAUCUCUAUCAGCUCAUACUAUUCAAAAGGCUUUGAAUCCAGAGCUUGAUGAUAUAGAAAAGGUACAGGAAGCCCAGGAGAAGAUGCAAACUGAUUUAAAGAAAAUGAAGAAAAAUAUGAAGAGUAUGAGAGAACAGAAUUCAAGAAUAGAGAGUAUGUUGAAAGCUUUAGUCACUCAGUCUGCGGAUAUUAACUGGCAAGAAGAAGAUUUCCAGGAUGACAAUGAACAAAUAGUUAUGUGAAAAUACUUUUGAUGAUAGAACAUAAAUCAAGCAUUACGUUAGUUUUCGAAGAAAUCCAAAAAUCGUGGGCAUUUUCUUAAUUGAUCUUCCCGAUUGUGAACAUUAAUAUACAGGAUGUAUACUUACUACUUACACAAGCAUGUGUCCUUUUUGUUCCUUUGCUUAUUAUUAAACGAUCUUCUUAUUUGUGAACAAUGACAUUCAAGAAUGUAUUAAGUGCUACUUAUAACAUGUGUCCUUUUUGAACAUUUUAUUAAAAUGAUCUUCCUGUUUCUGAACCACAAUAUACAAGGAUGUACAAGUGCUACUUAUAUACGUACCGGGUAUGUGUCUUUUUGUGAUUUUGUUUUUAAUACAUCUGAAUUAUUGGCUGUGUUUUGUGUGUUUUUCUCAACUUUGAGAUCAGAAACGUUGAUAAUGUGUGUUGCAGUGAAACAAAUGGUUAUUCAUAAUUAUCUCAGGUAGUUUUAUUUCAGCGUAUCCUUAUGUCAAAAUAUUUGAAUAGUAUAAUCAAACCAUACAUAAGGGCUUUUGUUUUAUUGUUGCUCAAAUUGAGUUUUUAUUAGACUGAAGUUUGGUUACGGUAUAUUUGAAAACUAUAUAAUUUGCAUAUAUAAGUGUAUAUAUGGGAUAUAUUUAAUAAUCCUUUUGUUUUAUAUUUAUUUAUGUUAAUCUUCAGAUGUAAUCGAACCCCUGGCUCCAAUUUAUUUUGAAUUAUUUCCCCAUAAUUUCAGUAGAAGUUUUCUAUUGUCUAGACGUAAUCGAACCUGGCUCCAAUUUAUUUUGAAUUAUUCCCCCAUAAUUUCAAUAGACGUUUUCUAUUGUCUAGACCUCUGUUUCGUAAACCCAGUAGAAACAAUUGCUUAUUCCUACUUUUCGAAUUUAUGUCAAACUUGUUUUAUUCCUGACCAUUUUCAGAUUAUGUAUUCCCUUUUUAGUAGGGUAAUAAUUGUAAAUGUAAUUUUGGGACCAUUUUGGGAAGACCACGUUCUUCUUAGUAAUAUGACGCAUGGACGGAAAAGGUGUUUUUAUUUUUUCUAUUUGUUUUAUAUAUUUAAAUAUUUUUACGAAUUUUUAUAUACUUUUUACAUAUUUAAUAUACGUUUUGGAGUUCUACGUUUGUUAUUUGCUAGUUAAAGUCUCGACAUGCUCUAAUGAUCAUUAAUGAUAUACAUUAUGGGUUGCAAAAUGGGUUGUAACGCAUAUACUAAUCUAAUAUGAAUGUAUAUAAACUGAUUUACAUUCAAUCGUUUCUGUUUUUACUGUAAUUUCUAAUCAGUUAUGUUCGGCGAAAUACGACAGAAGUCUCAUGUGAAUGGCAAUCUUUAGCGUCUGGUUUUUCCAGUCCACACCGAUGGUAUUUAUUGCGCAUGCUCUCCAGAUAAGAAUAUAGCGUCACCAUUUGACAUGACUUGUGGAAUAUGUCUAGCCCUGUUCUUUGAGUCUCUUGUUUCAAAUGGCGCUGAAACGCAUUAUGGUACACGAUUCGUGUACCAAUGGUAAAAUGUUUAUUUUGUCUUGAAUAUUGGAUAUCAGAAGCCCAUCUUUUCCCUGUAAGAUCACAAGACCAAUGUUGAUUUGAAUUGACAAAUAAUUCGUGUUUUCAAUGUCGAAGAUUUUGGAUGAUAUUGAGUUAGAGACUUAGCUACUUUAAAUCGACCAAUUCAUUUUGAAUGCGUAUCACUACAGCAUACAAGCCUGUACAGCGCCUUGAACGCAUACGACUGACCCCGGAAUCCAUUCAUUAUUUAUAAAUAGCUCCAAGACGGGCGAAAGGUGCUUUAAAAUGUUAUUAAACCAGUGUUGAAACCAGUUUGUGUCGACAUACCUUUUAGCUUUUCAUCAUUUACCGUGAAGAAAAGUGGUACAGCUGUACGUUUGUUUAUUGCUAGAAAUGUCUGUGUAUAUUAUGUCCUGUCGUAGGUUUGUCUUGUUUACAUGUAAUUGUUUAUGUUUAGUGCGGUUUUCCUGCAGUUACUAUAUUUUGUUAUGAUUUCUUAUGACUUCUGUUCAUUAUACAUCGCCAUCAUAAUGUGUCUUACACAAAUACAGUAAUAAUAAUUCUGAUAUAUUUGGUACACAUCAGCCCAUUCUUCCUGAAGAUACUCGGAUGUGCGUACUUGCAGAAGUAUAUACAUUAGAGUAGAACAUAUUUUAUUUGCAUUUGAGAAAUAUGGGAACGAUCUAGCUUGUUCUGCCUUUUAAAGUCUUUUGUAUAAAGGAACUUAUAUGUAUUGUAGUAUCAAAUCUGUGGAUGUUGUUAUAUUGUAUUAACUUUAUAUAAAGUUUGAACCCAUAUUCUGAAUAUACUAAUAAAUUAAAUAUGAACUUAAAUUCAUGAAAACUUCAGAGUUUUUAUUGACUAUUGACUUGCGACAUUUUGAUCUUGACUGUCAAAUGUAGGUUGUACUUUUACUUAUAAUGUGGUAUGGUGACCUGUGUCUUCACUGAGGCGUAAACUAUAUAUAUGUGUAUAAGCGUAUAUCAUGUUUGGUUUACAUACAUAUAUAGAACAGAUAGGUUCUCCCCACCCCUACCCCCAACCCUACACCGUCUACACAUUUAUAGAAAACUGUCUAGCAAGAUUUUUGUAAACUUGGUUACAUUACCUACGAUAUGGCUGAAAAAAAACAUAAGUAUUUUAAAAGCCAUAUUGCGAAAUAAAUAUCAGUGAAUUUAUUUACCGUUAUUUACUUAUAUACCUGACCCAAUGAAUAAGUUAUCUAUAUGUAAUUUAUAAUUUGAAGUAGGGUAGACAGCUGUUCAUCAGAGAAUUUAAUUUUGUUGUUCAUCAUUUUAUGUAUAAAAUAACAUUAUGUAAAUUGUGGGUAUGUUUCCUAUUUAUAUUCAUUCAUAUAAAAGAUGUAAUUGUA